AUGUUUUCAUAACUGAUGCUGAUCUGUUUAUACYUUGCUAYAGUGCURAUCAAAAGACCAACAGACUUGGCAUUUGCUGUUUCCGCYACCGGAGUCCAAGCAAGUCUYAUCUACAAACACAUGAUCGAYGCAAUCAAGAUUAUCAUAACMAAAUAYCGUCUAAACCGCAUUCGAUAYGGAUUCAUWGAGUUUGCAAAUCGACCAAACCCACAAAUUCAAUUUACUCACGACUUUGGCUCACUAGAAACCCUUCUUCGAUACAUCACAGUCAUCCCAUCCUCUACUGGACAGCCAAACAUUGAAAAAGCUUUGAUAUCAGCUGGGAAGAUGUUCUCAGAUCCUUUAAAAAGACGUGUUCUAGUUGUUAUGGUUGACAGGUCUACUGCAGAAAACAUGGAUGACAUCAUCCGAGCGGCCAAGGAACUGGAGAUGAGUGGKAUUAAGGUUAUUCCARUUGUUUUGGGGCCAACUGCAGACCGCGAUCAGUUGACUAARCUGACAUCUAACCCAAAUAAUGUCAUUGAUAAGCCAUUAGUUAAAGAUCCGAAGGAUACUGCAGAGAAGAUCAUGGAAAAAGUACUAAAAGAUCCAUGUAAAAAURUCCAGUGUCAAUUCCACGCUAAAUGCGUCACAAAAGCGGAUGACACAUACGCUUGUGAGUGUGACACAUCAUGUCCUAGUGAAGUGAGUUAUGUUUGUGGUAAAGAUGGCAACAUGUACAUGAACGAAUGCCAUYUAAGAAUGAAGUCUUGUAUGAACAAGAAAGAAAUCGGUGUCAAAAACAAAGGAAUAUGUGAAACAACGCUAGACCUUGGCUUUGCCAUUGGUGCAUCAGGAAUCAACUCAGAGCGGUACUUCUCCCUCAUGAAAGAAAUGGUUAACACAGUAGUCGAUAUGUACACAGUUUCACCACAGGAAACCCGYGUYGGUUUGGURGACUAUAACGAUCCUGUCUCUACUCCAGUCUUAUUUAGCCGCAAUUACAAUAAGCAGUCAUUUAAGGCCUUGGUGAAUUCCUUUUCGAAAGGAGCCAAAGGAUCACUAGCUGAAGGGCUGCGUAAGGCUCGUGAAGAACUGUUUUCAAAGAUGAAUGGAAAUCGACCUCUUGCCCAGGAUGUCUUAGUGGUCAUGACAGUGGGCGACUAUGAUGAAUCGUCUCCUGAAAUCAAAGAUGAAGUUCAGAAACUGCGUGAUAUGUCUGUGAAAGUUGUUCUCAUUGCUCUGGGACUUCCACCUCGGAAUAAGCUUGAUAAAAUAGCAUCUGGGGUCGAUUUGAUUGUUUCACCCCGACCAGACAAUGAAAACGAAAAGUCUAAGGAAAUCCCAUCACACAUUGCAAGAGAAUAUCGAAGCUGUGCAGAUGUACAAGCCGCUGGUUUCAAAGAAGAUGGGCACUAUCUUCUGCAGCUGAGUGACAGUUGUCGUGACUCAAUCCGAGUCUACUGUGACAACAUGUCCACAGGGAGUCCAAAGGAGUACAUCACCCUUCCCUCGGGACCACAAAACAACUAUGCAAUCAUUUAUGACAAGAGACUUCAAUUGCGUUACGACUGUGAUGGAGACGARACAGGSCAAGUUUAUGCUGAGAGUGGAACCACUAACUUCCAAAGAGUUCGUCUUCUGCUAAAGCCAUUGUCAAUUCAUGACAGUGACUUUAAAUUUUCCACUACUGCAUCUGGAAAGCAAAUUGCGUAUGGAACAGCUGGUGAUUGUUAUUCCGUGCAGUCUGACUGUAGAAAAGGCUCCUUCAAGAUCGAUCUAACUGGAACAGGACUACGAAUGAAGGACACUGUAAGUUGGAUUCACCAAGGAUUCCCCAAGAGACAAAGAAUACAAGACUUGAAUAAGACAUCUGAUGGUCUCAUUGCCUCUGCCAAGUGUGGAGGAUAUUGUGGACGCUGCAAGCCAAAGGAUGGAGUUAUUACGUUGGAACCAGUGUGCUUGUUACCUGCAGCUUGUCCAAUCCCUAUGGAUGUGGUGUUUGCUUUAGACAGUUCCGAACUAGUCUCAAAGGAGGACUUCCAGAAACAAAAAGAAUUUGCUAUUUUUAUAAUAAACACCUUCACAAUUUCUACAACACAUACCCGAGUCUCCGUCCUCCUACACAGUGCAAGUCGGCCUACCAAAGUCUUUGACCUUAACGAGCUCGUUGAUUUGAAAUCUCUCUCACGGCGUGUCGAUUUGAUUCAACAAGAUAGUUUCCCYGCAACAYCUACRCGAAUAACCAAAACCUUAAAGGAAGCAUCUAAAAUCCUUAAGGGGAGCAGUCGGGAAGGAGUUCCUAAGGUAGUCAUUAUUAUUGUUCAUGGCGAUAUAAGUGAAGAUAUAAAAACUACUGCAGACUCACUSAAAGCUGAUAAUAUCAAAGUAUUUKCCAUUGGUGUUGGUAAAGACUCUCCUGUGGGUGUACUGCAAAAGAUGUCAACUAGCCCACGUGAUGCAUAUAUGAUUGACACCUCUGAUGAGCUGUCAAGUCUGAGUGUAAAGCUGGCAAAGGAAACUUGUACAGACCCAUGCUUCGAAGCAAACUGCCAACACAACAGCAUCUGCAUCACUUCAUCAGAUGCAAAAGUAGCUUGUGUGUGUCCAGAUUUGAAAGACUGUCCAUCUGCAAAGUCUCCAGUGUGUGGAACAGACGGCAUUAACUACGACAAUGACUGCAAACUCAGAGCCUUAUCUUGUAAACAACGCAAAGAAGUUUCGGUGUCUAACCUCGGACCAUGCGAUGCUUGUGUGACGUUCGAAUGUGGUAAUCAUUCUCGAUGCGAAAUGGUUGACAACUCACCAAGGUGUGUGUGCAAGGACAUACGAGAGUGUUCAUCGGGUCUUAAUCCUGUCUGUGGCAGCGAUGGCAGUACAUACAUUAGCAGAUGUCACUUGGAAGUUGAAAAUUGUCAAAAAGGAACUGAAAUAAUGGCAAUUAGAGAAGGAAUGUGUGAUCCUUGUUUCAAUGUGGUAUGCGAAGACAACAAGCAAUGUGUGGUGCGCGGCGGAAAACCCAACUGCGCAUGUCAAUCAGAGCUCGAUUGCCCAUUAACUGUUGACACCGUAUGUGGCAGUGAUGACAAAUCGUAUAUCAACGAGUGUGUUAUGAAGGCUAGAGCUUGUAUGAAAGAUGCCAUGGUGACAGUGAAGCAGAGAGGUUAUUGUGGAGCAUGCAUUCUGAACAACCCAUGUAAGCAUAACGCACAGUGUGUGUCCAAGUACGAUGGUACCACUUCAUGUCGAUGUCGCAAAGAUAGUGAAUGCCCAUCACACAAAGAUGAAGAUGCAAUUUGUGCUAGUGACGGCAAGACAUAUGCUAGUACAUGCAUGAUGGAWRCAGCCGCCUGUCCACAGAAGAUAACUCUAACAGUSAAACACAGGGGACGUUGUGGGUCGUGCAAACCUGAUCAGUGUGAUAACUAUAGUGUCUGUGUGGGUCGCUUGGAYGGUACAUCUUCAUGUGUCUGUCCAAAGAGGAUUGACUGUCCACAAGAGAAAAAUCCAGUAUGCGGCACAGAUGGACAGACGUACUCUAACGAAUGCGAAAUGAAGGCCCAUGCUUGUGCAAACAAGAAAUCAACACGUGUCCAGUAUCCAGGAAAGUGCGGUCCCUGUUUUGGAGUUUCGUGUUCAAGUGGAACGCAUUGCGUGACAAUAGUGGAAGGUGUGACCAAGCGAGCAGAGUGUAGAUGUCCAUUGGAYGAGAGCUGUGCACGUGACUUUGAACCUGUAUGUGGUUCUAAUCGUAAGACGUACGUCAACAAGUGUCAUAUGAGGGUAGACGCCUGUAAUACAGCAACAUCGAUAAAUCUAGUGAAACAGGGCUCUUGUGGAAAUUGUCGACCUUGUUCACUGGCCACGUGURGUACCAUCAAUGGUACUUGUGUUGAGGACCCCCCUGGCUCARRCUCCACAAAGUGUCAAUGUACUCCAGCUGAGAGUUGCUCUCAGUCCAGCAAGCCUGUUUGUGGUGCUAAUGGGAAGAGUUAUCRAACCAAGUGUCACCUUGCUGCCGAGGCCUGUACCACGCAGACUCCAAUAGCAUUGCGUUCUGAUGGUCCAUGUGAUGCCUGUGCCAUGGUGAAGUGUCUCUACAAUGCUAACUGUAARGUGACMAGUAGAGGGACCGUUCAAUGUGUCUGCAGUAGUGUCUGUCCACCAGUGUAUAAACCAGUAUGUGGCAGUAAUGGUGUCACUUACCAGAACGAAUGUUUCGCCAAGAAAGAAUCAUGUGACAAGCAAUUCCAGUUAUCAAUCAGUCCAGGAAUUUGUGGAGUCGUAACCAAACCCUGUUCGGCACGCCAAUGUUCCUAUGCUGCUAAGUGCGUGCAAACUGGAAAUUCUCUGGAAUGCCAUUGCCCUGAAGAGGCUGACUGUCCAGAGAAGGCCUCACCGGUUUGCGGUUACGAUGGAAAGGUAACCAAGACUUACAAGAGUAAAUGUUUGAUGGAAGUGGAAAGCUGUUCUAGGAAGGUUGACAUCAAUAUUGUACGGUAUGGUGAAUGUGCAUCCUGUGCCAAAGUUAAAUGUAAGUUUUAUGGAAGAUGUGUCGCGACAUUGGCAGGCAGCACCAGUUGUGUCUGUCCGGAUAAAAAGUCAUGUCCACGUACUGUAAACAUAGUUUGUGGCAGUGAUGGCCGUAGCUACCUGAAUGAAUGCAACAUGAGAGCAAGAUCUUGUAGGAUAAAGCAGAGCAUUAUGGUCAGCAGACAAGGAUACUGCAAUAUUUGUCAUAUGGUUCGCUGCCCGAAGAAUACUCACUGCUUUGCUAAGCCUGGCGGAGACUAUGAAUGCCGCUGUCCCAAAGUGYCAGAGUGUUCAUCAGUCGGACCUCAAGCCUGUGGUAGUGAUGGUCGGACGUAUGAUAAUAAGUGUAAACUUAUAGCUGAGGCUUGUAGACAAGAGCAAAUAGGACUACCAUCCACACUGACAGCUAUCAGAGAUGGGAAUUGUGAAAGUUGUGAUGGUGUUCAUUGCAAGGACAGCAAGAUCUGUAAGUUGUCCAAUAGAAGAGCAUCUUGUGUAUGUCCAGAUCCAAGCUACUGUGACAAGAAACCUGACCUAGUAUGUGGGUCAGACGGAAAGGAGUAUGCUAAUGAGUGUCUGCUGAAGGUCGCCGCAUGCCAAAAGAACAUUGGGCUCAAAGUUGCCAGUAAAGGAAAAUGUGGUGGAGGGUGCGCUAUUCAUAAGUGCAGAAUGUAUGCCACAUGUCACGAGUCGCCUAACCGUUCCCCAGUGUGUGUGUGUCCAAGAAGAAAGAACUGUCCAACAGACAUUAGGCCAGUUUGUGGUAGUGAUGGAAAGAGUUACAUCAACAUUUGUUUCUUGAGAGUGAUUUCUUGUUGGACCAAGAAGGUCAUCACAAAGACUAAAGAUGGCGCAUGUGACCCUUGCAGGCUUGUAACAUGCAAGUACUAUGGCAAAUGCCAAGCCGGUCAACGUGGAGGAACACGGUGCAUAUGUCCGUCUACCUGUCAAUCAACACCUCAACCAGUGUGCGGCUCAGACUUACAAACUUACAAUAACGAAUGCCAAAUGAAAGUCAAGUCUUGUAACUCACAGAAAGAAAUUCGAGUUCUUCACAAAGGACCUUGCAGUCCCUGCACUGAUCACAAGUGCCAUCCCAACCAAGACUGCUUUGUCGAAAACAAUAAACCUAUUUGUAAAUGUCCAAAGUGUGACGACAAAUCUGAUAAACCGUUGUGUGGUAAUGACAGAAAGACUCAUCUUAGUAAAUGUAUGCUGAGGUUAGAAGCUUGUUCUACUGGGAAAGAUCUUUAUAUGCUUAAAGAAGGAGCUUGUGAUCCAUGUUCCUACAAAAAGUGUGGGGAGUUCGAACGAUGUACCAUCACUCCAGACAAUAUCCCAGAAUGCCUUUGUCCAGCCAUCACCGAAUGUAAAGUAAUAUCUCAAGUAUGCGGAAGUGAUGGAACGACCUAUGCAAGCCAGUGCCACCUUAAAGUAAUGAACUGCCUCAAAAACAGGAGGAUUCGCGUCAAGCAUGCUGGUCAAUGUGGUGUCAUUUCGAAUCCUUGCUCGCUCACACGUUGUCCAUACAAUGGUCRGUGUGAUGAUUCUUCUGGUCAAGUGAUCUGUUCGUGCCCUCAGCUUAAAGAUUGCCCACGUGACAACAACCCAGUCUGUGGUAGUGACCUCAUCUCAUAUAGAAACAAGUGUUAUAUGGUCGCUCUGAAUUGCCCAAAGAAGCACCAAGUGUAUGUCAAGUACAAUGGCUACUGUGCCGCCUGUGCGUUCGCCCAGUGUUAUCGCAUCUUUGCAAAGUGUGUUACUACAAGGUAUAAAACUGCCAAGUGUGUCUGCCCCACUCUUAAUGACUGUUCAUUCUUAACGGGAGAUGUAUGUGGAAGUAAYAUCAAGACAUAUAAAAGUGAAUGCCAUCUGAGGGUUGAUGCAUGUACUACUAACAAGGCGCUAACGGUCCUAAAGAGAGGACGCUGUGAAACUUGCAAAACCAAAACCUGCCAGCACUACUCAACAUGUAAGAUGGUAGACAGUUCUCCCAAGUGCAUUUGYCCGAAAAGCGAGGACUGCUCCAAGGAMACCAGCCCUGUAUGUGGUUCAGACGAUAAAGAUUAUGCCAACCUAUGUCAACUUAAAGUACGCUCAUGCUCAUUACGACCUUGUUCACUGGCCACGUGURGUACCAUCAAUGGUACUUGUGUUGAGGACCCCCCUGGCUCARRCUCCACAAAGUGUCAAUGUACUCCAGCUGAGAGUUGCUCUCAGUCCAGCAAGCCUGUUUGUGGUGCUAAUGGGAAGAGUUAUCRAACCAAGUGUCACCUUGCUGCCGAGGCCUGUACCACGCAGACUCCAAUAGCAUUGCGUUCUGAUGGUCCAUGUGGUAAGAGUAUAACAUUUCCAUGGUAA